UUUCGAAAUGUUAAAAAUUAUUGGUAACCAGAAAUUAAAACAAAGCCGACACCUUUGACAUGAUGAACCCGUGGAUCAGGGGACUGAUUCGGUGGAAAGGAGUUCGCAACCAAUCGCGACCUUACGGAGCCAAAAAGGACUCACCCCGGUCCAAUCCGGUGGAGCAGAAAACGCCAAGGCCUUUUCCAUCCGGGGGAUUAUUGAGGAGUAAGAAAUUCUACGGAUGCACCAUUUUCCUGGGCACCGUUUUUAGUGCCGUGCUGUGGGCCGUGUACGAGUUGGGGAAACCGGACGAGGACCAUCGUGGCCCCCUCGAGGAUCAGUUCAGCCACCUGCCCUGGCUCAGACAGUACGUGUUGAGGAUGUGGCACUCACUUCAGUAUUACCAGAAGAUGGUCGAAGAACCGCUGCAAGGGAAGCUUCUGCCCGAUGUCCUGCCUCCACCGUACAUACAACCGCCCUACUCCCUCGUCCUGGAGAUCAAGGAUGUACUAGUGCAUCCGGACUGGACCUAUCAAACGGGCUGGCGAUUCAAGAAGCGACCUGGCGUGGAUUACUUUCUGCAGCAGUGCAGCCGCAACUUUGAGAUCGUGGUCUAUACUUCAGAGCAGGGAAUGAUGGCCUUUCCAUUGCUGGAUGCCCUCGAUCCUUACGGCUAUAUCAAGUACCGCCUGGUCCGGGGAUCCACUGAAGUUGUGGAGGGGCAACACAUUAAAAACCUGGACCACCUGAACAGGGAUCUAAGUCGAGUGAUUGUUGUGGACUGCGAUGCCAAUGCCACGCCCCUGCAUCCGAACAACAUAUUCCUGAUGACGCAGUGGCUGGGGAAUGACGAUGAUGUCCAGCUUUUUGAUCUCACAGCCUUCCUUCAGCUGCUGGCCGAGCAUCAGGUGACGGAUGUGCGGGAGGUCCUUCAGUACUAUCGCCAGUUUGAUGAUCCCAUCGAACAGUUUAAGGACAACCAACGACGGCUGCAGGAGCAGCACCAGGAGAACGAGGAUAGUAGGGUUAACAACAGGAAUCAGAGGCAGUGGACUCUCAGCUUGAUGGGACGAUCCUUUCGUGGCUCAUGAAUUAUUUUCUCUUCGUUUAGGCAUUUUUUAAUUAAAUUAUCAUUGUCAUUGUGUGUGUGUGAAAAAUUU